UGCCUUGCCUAAGAGGCUACUUUAUUCACAUAUAAACACAUUCACAGAUGUGUCUACACGCUUAGUGUUCUACCUCCAUUACCACAGCCUGGUGCAGCCUUAGAGAUCCCUGACUGGAGUGUUAAAAAAAUACAACAACAGCAACAAAAAAAACAGGAGACACAUUUGGUUUAUGUGUGUGUGGGGGGUUUAUAAAUAAAGAACAGAGAAGGAAAAAAAAAAGAUUGACUACUGCUAGUGCUCCGGACCGGGCUUGAUGAGACUUGAACACGACUGUCAGUUAAUACUGGGAUCAAAUUAAAGGAUGCUUUGAAUGCUGCCAGUGUUUGCCAGAGCACAGAGGACAGAGAGAAAGAAGAAAAAGGGAUUUAGGAAUGAAUGGGAGCCCUUGCUCAGCAUGUGGAGGGAAUAGCUGACUAUUUGGAGUCUCCAAGGGGGGCUUCUCUUCAGUCAAACACACCCAGAGGAGUGGAUGUCACCAGUGUAUCUCCCAGGCCGCUCGGAAGCAGAGCCACCUUGGAAUCCUCUCGGAUGAGAUUAUUGUCAGUGGAGGAGCUCAGCAGCGUGCCUUCAAAGGACCUCUGUUUCAUUGUUAAACAAUACCGCAACAACUGAUCUCAUUGGGGAGGCCAGGAACUGUAUCAUAGUGCAGUAGCAUUAGUGCUCACUCAUGAUUUCCCUUGAUGGAUGAUGGCCUGUUGAGUCCUCUUGCAGCUCCUCUUCUUAUCUCUAGACCUCUAUGUGCAGCCCCUGCACUGUCUAUCCUUGGUGCUGCCAUGAACAGGUUAUAACCAUAGGUAAUGAAGAGGUUUAGGUCCAGCCCUGGAGAUGCCGAAGAGAAGAGAUAUCCUGGCCAUCGUGUUGAUAGUGUUACCCUGGACUUUACUGAUCACAGUCUGGCACCAAAACGCCAUUGCCCCGCUGCUAGCAAUCCGAAAGGAUGAUGGAAGUGACGCCCGUCGGGACACGGGCCAGGGCUCUGACUCGAAGGAGUAUUGCUCCUCGGACAAGGAUAUAGUGGAGGUGGUGCGGACUGAGUAUGUCUACACCAGGCCCCCGCCCUGGUCGGACGUGCUGCCCACCAUCCACGUCAUCACGCCCACGUACAGCCGCCCGGUGCAGAAGGCGGAGCUGACACGGCUGGCCAACACAUUCCUCCAUGUGACCAACCUGCACUGGAUCCUGGUGGAGGAUUCCCAGAGGAGGACAGCGCUUGUGACCCGGCUGCUCCACGAGACGGGCCUCAACUACACGCACUUGAACGUGGAGACGCCCAGGAACUACAAGCUGAGGGGCGACAUGAGGGACCCUCGCAUUCCCCGCGGCACCAUGCAGAGGAACCUGGCCUUGCGUUGGCUACGAGAGACCUGCAACGCCAACCAGUCCCUACCCGCGAUCGUCUACUUUGCAGAUGAUGACAAUACGUACAGCCUGGAGGUGUUUGAGGAGAUGCGGUCGACGCGGAAGGUGUCAGUGUGGCCCGUGGCAUUCGUGGGGGGCUUGCGCUACGAGUCCCCCAAGGUGAACGCUGCUGGGAAGGUCUACGGCUGGAAGACGGUCUUCGACCCCCACCGCCCGUUCGCCAUCGACAUGGCGGGCUUCGCUGUCAACCUCAGACUCAUCCUGUUCAAGCCACAGGCCUACUUCAAGCUGCGCGGCGUCAAGGGGGGCUACCAAGAGAGCAGCCUUCUGAGAGAGCUGGUGACACUCAACGACCUCGAGCCCAAAGCUGCCAAUUGCACUAAGGUACUGUAAGAGGGCUGGAAGUUAGGCAUCGUUCAUUUGAAGGAACAGUGCACUACAGUGGGACUCAGUUGCUGUUUCUAUGGACAAGGAAUCCAUCCUUUUGUAACAGUUUUGAAUGUGAAAAUGUGUUAAGAGUUGCACUGUGGACUUGUGGGUCCAGUGGAAAUAUGUGAUGUUUUAUUUACUCACAAGGUAAGCUGGAAAGGUUAUGUCUAUCAGAAUUAUUUUGUCAUGAUAAUAAUAGACCCACAUUGUUGCCACCUUCUAGGGCGUGGUUAUAUCGAUCUUCCAGUAAUAGUAGGGCAGACCCCAAACAACAACAAGCGCUAUAUUGAUUCCCACUCCGCCUUCGGUAGAAAGUUAGUGCCAGAUUCAAAUCAGAAGGACAUCAAGGAAAAGGUAGACGGUCUGUUUGAAUGAGCCAUGUUGUAUUUCAAUAUUUCAAUGAUCUGAGAGCAGAAGGAAAAGAAAUACAUUUGCUUUAAAAAAAAUUACAUAAUAGAAUAUUAAAUAUACAUAAAUGUUAGAUACCGGUAAAUACCCGUGGAUAUUUUGUGCACGUCUCCUGUACGUUAUAUAACCCCCAAAAAUGAUUUCUGCACACUUGAGCUGUAUGAAAGGGGACGUCGCCUUGAAUCAAGGGAUUUCUUUCAGAUGAAUCUCUCUUUAAAACUUCACAUUUGAAAUGCUUACCAAUGCUUGCUUGUCAAAAGCCUGACAUUGUAUAAGAUAUAAAUUGGAGUGCCACAAUGGUCUAGCACCCGGAGUUGAGGAGCUAAGGGCAUGCUGUGACAGUUCUCAUCUUCGUAAUCUCCCUCUUCAGCUGAAAGUGUGACUAUUAACCUCCUCUACACCCGUCUAUCUACAAGAGACUGCUCCGCGGAUUUCAAACGUGGCGAUGCAUAAUUCAUGGCGGUGGGUGAGAUGAAAGAGGUGAUCACAACGCUGCUUUAGAAGGAUGAACAGGAGAAAAUAAAUUACAGAGCUUUUUUUUUUCAAGGGAAAUAUAUUAAGAAUUGGCUCUCCUAGUAACAGAGGGCAUCAGUCUGAGAGGUACAGUUCUUCUCAAUUGCAACGUGGGACCUUUCAAAAGGGAAUUUUAGUCAAAUGUAUUCUUGUUUUGCUCUUUGAAGCAGUAACAAGACCCUGCUCACAAUCAGUAAGCAAAAAACAUUGAGCAAAAAGCAAAAAGCAAAGCAUCAACAAUCAAAAAGCAUUGCUAUCACAAAGGAAUAUAGAAUCAGAAACUGACUCCUGUCCUUGUCUGCCUAUGCAAGCAGCUUCAUUUUGGUCUUGUUUAGGGAGCCUUCUCCCAAUAGGUGUUGAUCUCACAAGGGCUGCAAAACUGGAUUUUAAACACUAAAUACAAGUUUAGAUUGUGUGUUCAAUCAACAAAUAUAGAGCUCAGCAAGUCUCUUAAAAACAAUCGCAAUUAAAAUAGCGUUUUUUGGUCCCAGUUCUCAAGAGGUAAAAGGUUAGGACAUGAGUACACCUGCUGAUCCAUCUUCAUUUGUAUUCUGAAGGCUUGCUCAUGCUUCAGUCUUGUGACCACUGGGAGACGGUCGUGCGACGCAGACAGCUAGGGUUGAGAAACAGAGCAUGACUUGAGACAGAUUCAAAAUCACCCUCAGCACCUGCCAUGCCAUUGAAGUGUGAACCAGCCUUCAGCCAUGCAGAGUUUUUACUUGUGCAGGAGUUCUGAAAAAGUCCUCUUGUGAAUUAAUCCAUACUUUGUUCAU